AUGGGGUUUGAGGGCCAUCUACCAUCGACGUCUCCGAUCGAGUUCCCAUUCGGUUGGAGCACGGUGCAUGCCGACGCCACGUUCCCUGAUGCUUCCCGCCGCAAUGUCCUCCUCAUCACAGUUCGACCGUCGCUCCUAAGGCUCAUCGUGAUCUCUGUCCUCCCUUACCUCCCAGAAAUCAUACGGUCGGUGAUAGGGGCCACCUUUCCUGGUAUACUCCUUCCCACCAACGUCAUCGUCAAGAAACAAAAGCCCGGCUGGGAGGAUGAGUUUGAAGAGGAAAAAGCGCGGUACAGGAUGCUGGAAUCCCUUCAGGGUGAUAUCAUCCCUCAGUUAUUUGGAGAGAUCCGAGUCCAGGGGACCCGCGCACUUCUCUUAUCAUAUGUAGCCGGCAUACGAUGCGAUAAGGUGAGCGACCUCGAGGUUGAACAUUUUCAGCAAUUACUCGAGGACGCACACUUGCGCCUCCGGCCGUUUGGCUAUGUCCACGAUGACCCUAGGCUCGAUAAUUACAUCCUUGUGGACGGCCAAAAAAUCGUUAUUGUGGAUCUAGAGCAUCUAUACGAAAUUGAGGAGACGGAGAUCGAGUAUACUAUGGGUACUAUUAUACGGGCGAUUGUGAAAAUCUAUCGCCGGAGCUAUAAGAAUCAUCUAGAGGAUAUAUAG